GAGGACACCACAGAACCCGGACGCUCCGGCUGCGGGCCCCGAUGCGUAGGCGCUGCCUUGGCAGCAUGGCGACCGCUUUGCUGCUGCUGCGCGCACUCCGUCGAAGCCCGGGGCUCGGGUGGCUGUGGGGCCCAGUCUCGGGCCGAGGCCCUAGCCUGUUGGUCCGGGAUGGCAGUAGGCGGCCUUACGUGGUUCGCGGGACUCCGGUUGGAGGUCGAGCGUCGCAGAGCUUGCUAUUGCAAAUACUGACCCCCAGGAUUGAAGGCAGUAGCAGAUUAUUACUGAAACAACAUAUAGUUUCCAGCGCAGUUAGACACUGGCAGCUUUCAGGUGGUACCUUCUAUUUUAACACCUCAAGGAUGAAGCAAAAGAAUAAAGACAAUGAUAAACCCAAAGGCAAGCCCCCUGAAGAAGACGAAGAGGAGAAGAGACGGAAGGAACGGGAGGACCAGAUGUACCGGGAGCGGCUGCGUACCUUGUUUGUCAUCGCUGUUGUAAUGAGCCUACUGAACUCGUUCAGCACCAGUGGGGGCAGUAUAUCCUGGACCGACUUCGUCAAUGAGAUGCUUGCUAAAGGCGAGGUGCAGCGUGUACUGGUGGUACCUGAGAGUGAUGUAGUGGAAGUUUAUCUGCAUCCUGGAGCUGUGGUGUUUGGGCGGCCUCGACUGGCCUUGAUGUACCGGAUGCAGGUUGCAAAUAUCGACAAAUUUGAAGAGAAGCUUCGAGCAGCUGAAGAUGAGCUGAACAUUGAGAGCAAGGAUAGGAUUCCCGUUUCCUAUAAGCGCAUGGGAUUCUUUGGAAAUGCCCUCUACGCCCUAGGGAUGACAGCAGUGGGCCUGGCCAUCCUGUGGUAUGUUUUUCGACUGACUGGGAUGACUGGAAGGGAAGGAGGAUUCAGUGCUUUUAAUCAACUUAAAAUGGCGCGUUUUACCAUUGUGGAUGGGAAGACGGGGAAAGGAGUCAGCUUCCAAGACGUAGCAGGAAUGCAUGAAGCCAAACUGGAAGUCCGAGAGUUUGUGGAUUAUCUGAAGAGCCCAGAGCGCUUUCUUCAGCUUGGUGCCAAGGUCCCAAAGGGCGCCCUCUUACUUGGGCCCCCUGGUUGUGGGAAGACACUGUUGGCCAAGGCAGUAGCCACAGAGGCUCAGGUGCCCUUCUUGGCGAUGGCAGGCCCAGAGUUUGUGGAGGUCAUUGGAGGCCUGGGAGCUGCCCGUGUGCGCAGCCUGUUCAAGGAAGCCCGAGCCCGGGCCCCCUGCAUAGUGUACAUUGAUGAGAUCGAUGCCGUCGGCAAGAAGCGUUCCACUUCCAUGUCCGGCUUCUCCAACACGGAGGAGGAGCAGACACUCAACCAGCUCCUGGUUGAGAUGGAUGGAAUGGGCACUACAGACCACGUCAUUGUCUUGGCAUCCACGAAUCGAGCUGACGUUUUGGAUAAUGCUCUGAUGAGGCCUGGCCGACUUGACCGGCAUGUCUUCAUUGAUCUUCCUACUCUUCAGGAGAGGCGGGAGAUUUUCGAGCAGCACCUGAAAGGCCUGAAGCUGACCCAGCCCAGUAGCUUUUACUCUCAGAGGCUGGCGGAACUGACACCAGGAUUCAGUGGUGCCGACAUUGCCAAUAUUUGCAACGAGGCUGCACUGCACGCUGCACGGGAGGGGUACACAUCCGUCCACACGUUCAACUUUGAGUAUGCCGUGGAGCGCGUCAUUGCUGGGACUGCUAAAAAGAGCAAGACCCUUUCCAAAGAAGAGCAGAAGGUGGUUGCCUUUCAUGAGUCUGGGCAUGCCUUGGUCGGUUGGCUGCUGGAGCACACGGAAGCUGUGAUGAAGGUCUCCAUAGCACCUCGAACAAAUGCAGCCCUGGGCUUUGCUCAGAUGCUCCCUCGGGACCAGUACCUCUUUACCAAGGAGCAGCUGUUUGAGCGGAUGUGCAUGGCGCUGGGCGGCCGUGCGGCUGAGGCCAUCUCCUUCAGCAGGGUUACCUCUGGGGCCCAGGACGAUUUGAGGAAGGUUACCCGCAUCGCUUACUCCAUGGUAAAACAGUUCGGGAUGGCACCCAGCAUUGGGCCUGUCUCCUUCCCUGAGGCACAAGAGGGCCUCGUGGGCAUUGGACGGCGUCCAUUCAGCCAGGGCCUCCAGCAGAUGAUGGACCACGAAGCAAAACUGCUGGUGGCCAAGGCCUACAGACACACUGAGAGAGUACUGCUGGACAACCUGGACAAGCUGCAGGCGCUGGCAAAUGCCCUUCUGGAAAAGGAAGUGAUAAACUAUGAGGACAUUGAGGCCCUCAUUGGCCCACCGCCCCAUGGACCAAAGAAAAUGAUUGCACCACAGAAGUGGAUUGAUGCUGAGAGGGAGAAGCAAGCCUCAGUGGAGGAGGAGGCUCCUGCUCCCUAGCCCCCACCUCCAGAGGAACCAGCCCUCUUGGCCCAGAUAGCUGGAAUUCCUCAACUGCACCUGCAGUCAUGCCCGAACUUGUCAGCCAGCUGCCACUUUCCUCCCCAGCUCCAUCCUCCAAGAGUUUUUCACCUGAGAUUUGAACCUUACCCUCUAGCAACCUCAGUGGUUUCUGCUGAAGGACUUGUGAUAUCUAUUUAUUGAUUCAUAAUUAGUAAAUUGCAGAGACAACUGAA